AUGACGACGAGAUCCAAUUCCUAUGGGGACGACGAACCACCAAUCCUAUGCGGGCGACGAUCCUAUGGGGGACGACGAACCACCAAUCCUAUGACGAUGGGCGACCGACGAAUAUCCUCCUAUGAUGGGACGACGAACCACCAAUCCUAUGGGGAUCCUAUACCUGGGGACGACGAACCACCAAUCCUAUGGGGGACGACGAACCACCAAUCCUAUGGGGGUCCUAUGACGACGAACCGACGACGACGAACCACCAAUCCUAUGGGGGACGACGAACCACCACCAAUCCUAUGGGGGACGACGAACCACCAAUCCUAUGGGGGACGACGAACCACCAAUCCUAUGGGGGACGACGAACCUCCAAUCCUAUGGGGACGACGAAACCACCAAUCCUAUGGGGGACGACGACGAACCACCACCAAUCCUAUGGGGGACGACGAACCACCAAUCCUAUGCUCCAUGGGGGACGACAAACCACCAAUCCUAUGGGGGACGACGAACCACAAUGGGGACGACGAACCUCCAAUCCUAUGGGGGACGACGAACCACCAAUCCUAUGGGGGACGACGAACCACCAAUCCUAUGGGGGACGACGAACCACCAAUCCUAUGGGGACGACGAACCACCACCAUCCUAUGGGGACGACGGAACCACCAAUCCUAUGACGACGAACCACCAAUCCUAUGGGGACGACGAACCACCAAUCCUAUGGCGGACACGAACCACCAAUCCUAUGGGGGACGACGAACACCAAUCCUAUGGGACGACGAAACCACCAAUCCUAUGGGAACGACGAACCACCAAUCCUAUGGGGACGACGAAACCACCAAUCCUAUGGGGGACGACGAACCACCAAUCCUAUGGGGACGACGAACCACCAAUCCUAUGGGGGACGACGGUUCUUGUCGCUGA